GCUCGGGGCACGCGCGUCCUGUUGUGACAAAGCUGCGGCACAAUUCUGGCAGCGGUAACCGAACACACAUUUGGCACUUACCUGAAGAGGAAAAACUGUCAAACAUCAGCAUGGCCAAUCCGAAAGUCUUCUUUGACAUCACUGUCAACGGCAGCCCUCUCGGCAGGAUUUUCAUGGAGCUGCGGUCUGACGUCGUCCCAAAGACGGCAGAGAACUUCCGCGCCUUGUGCACUGGAGAGAAGGGCUUUGGCUACAAAGGGUCGAGCUUCCACCGUGUCAUCCCUAAUUUCAUGUGCCAGGGCGGUGACUUCACCAACCACAAUGGAACCGGGGGCAAGUCCAUUUACGGGGAGAAGUUUAACGACGAGAACUUCACCCUGAAGCACGAAGGACUGGGCACGCUCUCCAUGGCCAACGCGGGACCGAACACCAACGGCUCCCAGUUCUUCAUCUGCACGGCCGACACAGCCUGGCUCGACGGAAAGCACGUGGUCUUCGGGAAGGUUGUGGAAGGGAUGGACAUCGUGAAGAAAGUGGAGUCUUACGGCACCCAAAGUGGCAAGUGCACAGCCAAGAUCUUGAUCGCCAACUGUGGGCAGCUCUGAAGGCCAGCCUUGCGCCGUCACCCAAAGUCAACAUUCCCAGCCAGAUGUUAUAUUGCUCCUCCCCCAUUUCUCCUUUUAGGUUUAUCUGUUCCUUGUCAGAACCUACCGUGUUUGGUUUACCUUUGGUUUCCUUUGGUUUUUGAGAGUCCAGCAGGACCAAAAAUGUUGAUCAAAUUCCGAAAUAAAUUGGGAACAACUUCCUUAAA